UCGCUGAACCCUACACUUACACCAAUGCCCAUGCUGCCGCCAGACUCGAAGGGCGUCUGGCAGCACAGUUCAUCUGUUGAUGGGAAUGACUUGUAACGUGACAACUAAGUCCAACCUUGCUUUGCGAACGUGUGAAGACCGGCGAAACGAUGCAGUUGGUCCACAUCAGCCCCAAGUUUCCGCGAAAGCGUAUCCUCCUGGAUCAGGGCACGAGAAGCACAAAGCACGGAAGCAAUGUGUAGUCAUUGACAUCGCGUGGACGAUUACCGGCGUAACUGCAAGAUGUGAUCUCAUUCAGGUAGGCGUUCCAAUUGCGCAAGUUCAUCUUUUCUUCCGUUCUCGGGGAUGCUACAUCUCCAAGGCAACACCAGCAAAGUAAGCUAUUGCGAAGACCCCCCACUACAACGCCCCGGUCCGUUCAUUCCAA